ACAGUGUGUAGUCUAAGCCCGCCCGGAGCGCGGGGACCGAGGAGGCUGGGUUGUGGUUCCAGGGGUUCAUCCUGCUCUUCUCAAGGUGCCGCCGAGGAGCCAGAGCUGUUUUGUAAGAGGCCAAAGGAGGAGUAAAUGCAUCUUGGACUCCUGGCUGUCAGCAGCAAAGCUUAGGAACUAGACAUAAAGUGAAACUCUCAACUCUAUGGCAAGACAUCUCUGAAGAACUAUGUCAUGAUGUCCUGGGAAAAAAGAUUCCUGAGUAUUCACACAGAGUAUUCAGUGUGACAGUUCAGACAACUGUGUGGUGCAAGCUGCUAUCACACCUAUGAAAAUAUUUGCUCAGGAACAGCAACAGAGCAAUGGGUUUGGAGUAAACCUGCAUCCAAAUGCCAGUUUCUCAACACAACCAAUGACUCCUGAGAGACAAGAUCCCCAUAUGUCGGGACUACCUGAAAAGAAACUGAAAGCAGACUCUAAUGCUCACCAGAAAACCUCUACAAGAGAGAAACCCUAUCAAUGUAGGGAAUGUGGAAAGGCCUUCAGCCACAGCUCAGCCCUUGUAGAACACCACAGGACACACACAGGGGAGAGACCAUAUGAAUGUCAUGAAUGCGGAAAAGGCUUCCGAAACAGCUCAGCACUCACCAAACACCAGAGAAUCCACACUGGUGAGAAACCCUACAAGUGCAAUCAGUGUGGGAGGACCUUCAACCAAAUUGCCCCACUGAUCCAGCACCAGAGAACUCACACAGGCGAGAAGCCCUAUGAGUGUGGUGAAUGUGGGAAAUCUUUCAGUUUCAGAUCCUCCUUCAGCCAACAUGAGCGGACUCAUACAGGUGAGAAGCCCUAUGAGUGCAGUGAAUGUGGGAAAGCCUUCAGGCAAAGUAUCCACCUCACCCAGCACCUGAGAAUCCACACUGGAGAGAAGCCUUAUCAGUGUGGAGAAUGUGGCAAAGCCUUCAGCCACAGCUCAUCCUUGACCAAACACCAGCGAAUCCACACUGGGGAGAAGCCUUAUGAGUGCCAUGAGUGUGGCAAAGCCUUCACCCAAAUCACCCCACUGAUUCAGCAUCAGAGGACGCACACCGGAGAGAAGCCCUAUGAGUGCAGUGAGUGUGGAAAGGCCUUCAGUCAGAGCACACUCCUGACUGAACAUCGGAGGAUCCACACAGGUGAGAAACCCUACGGGUGCAAUGAGUGUGGGAAAACCUUCAGCCACAGCUCAUCACUCAGUCAGCACGAAAGAACACACACUGGAGAGAAGCCCUAUGAGUGCAACCAGUGUGGGAAGGCCUUCCGGCAGAGCACCCACCUCACUCAGCACCAGAGAAUUCACACUGGAGAGAAGCCCUAUGAGUGUAAUGAUUGCGGCAAGGCCUUCAGCCACAGUUCAUCUUUAUCUAAACACCAGCGGAUCCACACUGGAGAAAAGCCCUAUGGAUGUAAUGAAUGCGGUAGAGCCUUCAGCCAGCUUGCCCCCCUUGUCCAGCAUCAGAGGAUCCACACAGGAGAGAAGCCCUAUGAAUGUAAUGAAUGUGGCAGAGCCUUCAGCCAGAGCUCCCUUCUUAUAGAACACCAAAGGCUUCACACCAAGGAAAAGCCCUAUGGAUGCAAUGAAUGUGGUAAAUCCUUCAGUCACAGCUCAUCACUCAGCCAGCAUGAAAAAACACACACAGGGGAAAAGCCUUAUGAAUGUCAGGACUGUGGUAAGUCCUUCAGGCAGAGCACCCACCUCACUCAGCACCGGAGGAUUCACACUGGAGAGAAGCCGUAUGAGUGCAGAGACUGUGGGAGAGCCUUCACACACAGCUCCUCCCUUACUAAGCACCAGAGAACUCAUACUGGGUAGCCCCACCCUGCUAGUGGUGGGGUUAUGGGGAAGCCUUAAGCCAUAGUUCUUGUUCUCUUCAACUUCUCCCAGUCACACUGACGAGAAACAACACAAACAUUAAUACUAAAUCUUCACACACUGUGUACCCCAGUCAACCCUCAGAGAGUUCACACCGAUGGAAAUGAUUAUAGGAAUGCCUAGCCCUAGCUUAUAUAUAAGAUCUGACAGUAAGUAAACACAUGGAGAUGAGUAAUGUUUAAAGUCUCAACCAUGAGUGAGUGUCCUCUAAGUUAGAUGAUAAAAAUCUAUAAUAGAAACAGAACAACAAAUCUGGGGAUGGCUUCUCUCCAAAGAUUCACCAUAUUCCACCCAGAUUUCAAAGUGGCGAGAAAUGCAAUAAAUGCCUUUCCAAAUUAAAUAAAGCCAAAAUUAACAUUACUUCACAUUAUGUCCUUAGUGUGACAGUGUAAAUUAUGAAUGAUGUAAUUGACUCUCAUUCUCCCAAGAAAUCAAUAUGGUGGGAUGUGUUUCGAAUGAAGUGUAAUGUAUUUAUGGAUUACCAGAUACUCAACUCUCAGCACAAUGCAUUUUCUGAUUUAUUAUUAAAGCUUUCUGAUUUAAAUAUAAAUUAUUCAGUGAGCAUAUGAGGGAGCUUCAAAAAUCUGUGAGAAAAUGGGAUUAAAAAUGGUAUAAUUUAAUCACAAAGUUUUAAGGCCUCAUACUUUAAGCAGAUUUAACUACCAGUGCAUUAUUUUGUAACAAAUUAAUCUCCAUAUGCAAUAUUACUGAAAAGUUUGUUGUGGAAAAACUUGAAAUGUAGAUUCACUUCCAUGGAAUUUCAGAUUGUGAGAGGGCUUUUUUAAAAAUAUCAUUUUAUUGGGGGCUAUUACAGCUCUUAUAGCAAUCCAUACAUCAGUUGUA